UUUGAAACAGCAACUACAAAUACCUUUUUUAUUAUAACAGGUUAUAUGUAAAACUGUUCAAAGCCUGGAAAAGAAGUUUGAUGACAUGAAUGAAAAAGUAACGAAACUUUAUCAAGCUCGUGCCAGAUCCUUCUGGCGUUACCCUCCUUUUAGAUCAGCAACCAGAAAAUACAAUUACCUGACAUCUAAGAGACGUAAAAUACAGAGACUGAGACGAUUCAUUCAUGAUAAUUCCAUCUCCUAUCCUCAAAGUUACAGUCCAACUUCACCAGUCCGCCCAAGGAGUGAAGGUAGCCAGGAUAUGGAGAACGACCAGACUAUAGAUUACACGCAGACUUCCCAGUAUGCUGAUUGUAUUGACAACCGCGAGACUUUCCAGUAUGCUGAUUGUAUUGACAACCGCGAGACUUUCCAGUAUUCUGAUACUAUUGACAACAGCCAGACUUUCCAGUAUGCCGAUACUAUUGACAACAGCCAGACUGACCAGUAUGCUGAUACUAUUGACAACACCCUGACUUACCAGUACCUUGAUUCUGUCAACAACAACGAGAAUAUCCAGAACACUGAGAACAAUACUGGUUCCCAGGAAGCAGUAUUUACUAAUUCUUCACCAGAGAGGGACUAUCAAGAAACUCCACCUAGUCCUAUAUAUACUGCCCAAACCUACCAACAAUAUUACAGAUUUAAAAACAUUCCUGGGUCUUCUACAAUGACCUACUACCCUAACUUUGAAAGUACCAACUCGGACACCAUCACUACUGACAGUUCGACAGUGAAAGAAUCAAGUCCCCUUCCUCCAGGGGAGCUCAUCCCCAUCCAGAAUCCUGAAAUGAGGCGAUUGGCCUUACUGGAGGCUCAGCGUGUACCUGUGAUUGAUCCUAACACUUUUGGUUCAUCAUCCCAGUGUAAUGAUGUUGUUGUGAGACACCUUGGAAACCCUUUAAACUGGUCUGUGAAUGACGUGAUAACAUUUCUGAACCGUCUAGACCCUCCAUUGGCAGACCAACUCUACCCCACCAUCAGAAAACAUGAUGUCGAUGGGAAGGCCAUGCUGCUGCUCAAUACUGAUGUAAUGAUAAAAUAUAUGAAGAUAAAGGUGGGAGUAGCCAUGAAGUUUGGGAGCUACAUUCAAAAGCUUAAAGAAGGAGUAAAUUGUGGCUAGUAAAAAUGUAGAACUUGAAAUGUUCUCAUCAAUCCCUUCUGAAUAUACAGUCGACUUCCUAUGCUCAUUAGUUUUUGUUUUGGAGAAGGUUCUCCUAAAAUGUAACUAGAAUUGAAAAAGAUACAUUAUAGUCAAAGUCUGAAAAAUACAUUAUAGUCAAAGUCUGCUUUGAGGUACAUUUAACAUACUAGUUUUUAACAUACACAUGCAACUUCUUUAGAGGUUUCAUUUCAUAGAUUAAAAAUAUGCUUCACCAAAAAACAAAAAGGUACCUUUUAUUUGGGUUUAACUUUAUACAUAUUUUAAAGCAACUAAAGAGUAAAUAUAAGGAACUAAUAGCAUGUAAUUUAAGUUAUGAAAUUUUUUCAUAGAAGAGAAAUUAAAUUAAAGAACAUAAAGUUACCCUUCUUGAAUAUUUUAUCUAUACAAUACUGUAGUAUACUUCUUAUGUUCUACCAGUUUUUAGAAAAAAAGAAUAGCCAUGUAAUUUAUUCCCAUCUAUUACUACAUCUCUGUUAUGAUUAUUCAGAAGGAGAAAAUGAAAUUUAUGAAGAGUUUAAUGAGCUCCAGACAACUAAUUAUACUUACCCUUUUCAGAUAACUGAUGGUAUAUGUAGAACGAGAUACCAUUUCAGACCCAGAAGGAGAAAAUGAAGCUUAUGAAGUAUCUAAUGAGCUUCAGAAAACUAAAUAUUCUAACAGGAUUUUAGAUAAAUUUUAGGUAUAUAGAAUGUUUGUUUUACCUAAGAAUUGUACUUCAGGAGUAGUUUGGAAUUAAGUUUGACUACAGUAUUAAGAUACAUAUUACUCUUUCUUUUAUGAGUUGCCUUGGUGACCGUCAUGUCUUAUUACAGUGAUAGAACAGUUACUAAGACAUCUAGCAUACUUCCUGAAUAGGAGGUGUGUAGCAGAGAAAAUGGACAGAGAGAUGUUGCCAUAGAAUAGGAGGUGGUAGGUGAAGGUUUUGCUAAAACCUGAUUGCUUACGAGUUGAAGACUGUCCAGACUAGCUGACAGCAACAUGAGAGUUGGCAUUUUGCUAUUCUUUUUCUGUGCUGCUUCAGUUACCUUCAUAUUAGAAAGAAAUAAAAGAAAAAUGACAGUGUAAAACUAAAAAAAGAUACAUAUUACUAAAAGCCUCCAUAUUUUUAAAAUCAAAUUUGGACAUUUAUCUAAGAAUUCAUUGUUCAAAUGUCUAUAUGAGGGUACUCAUACUCAAAAUUUUUAAAAGAUACAUACUUUUGUUUUAUGUGUUUAUUACUCCUGAAGGUAUUAUUUAUGUUCCAAAAUUACACAGAAGAAAAUACUCUAUUUUGCAUUUAAAAUGGUACUUACAUUGAUACAAAGGGAAUGAUGAGCUGUUAACAACAAGAUGCUUUUAUUCUGUGAACUGUGUAUGUCCCACUUGUCCCUAGUAGUCCUUCUCAGUUUCGCCUUCAGGGAAUCAGAAACAGUGCCAUGGCUAGUUUCCACAUAUGGAAAUGUUCUGUCUUGUAUCAUAUUUUCAGGCAUUUAGGAUGUUCACUUUUGAAAGAUACACUAAUAUGGCAUGUUUGGAAGUUUAUUUUAUAAUUUAAAACUUUCAAUAGAAACAUGGAUCAUUACUCUUUUGUUACUGCUUAUCACAUUGUAUACCUUUUGAAAUAAGAUAAACUGAGAAUUGGUACUAAUAGUAUUGACUACUUGUUGAAAAUGAUAAUGAAAUAUUCACCAGGGGCAAGAAUUUGCAUUAUUUCUUUAGAAAACAAAGAGUACUAGUUACUUUAAACAGGUGGUUUAAAGGAUUGCUUCAUUUAUAUUGCUGCUUGUGUGUAAAGACAUUCCAACUUUAUACUUUACAAAUUGUAUAAAGACAUUCUAACUUUAUACUUUACAAAUUGUAUAAAGAUAUUAUGCACAGUUGAACACCAUUCACUUGAAUGAAUUCAAUUUGCUUGAAAAACACUGUGUUCUAUAUUUUUCAGAUUUCAAAAUAUAAU